CGAAUUUUAAAUUCUAAAUAUUAUACGCAGAAAUUUAUAAAUUGAAUUUAUAACGGUAAUUGAUUUAAAAUUUCUUCCAAUGUGAAGAGAGAUGUCACUAGAAAAUAUCCCGAUUCGAUCAAGAUGGCGGAUUCAGAUGAUUUAGAAUUAGAUUCAGAAAGCAACACUGGUUCGGCACAAACUCCGACUGUGCGUAAAAAUAUUUCCCUCAAGCUAAAAGGGAAAGCAAGAGGACGUAAAAUUGGACGAAGAAGUGUGCGAGCACGAAAAACUCCUAGUAAAAAAGCUACUUCCCAUUCAACGGGUAAUUCUAGAUUUGAAGAUGAUGAUGGAGAAGAAGAUCAAACAGAAGAAUCUACAGAUAAAAAGUUUGACAUUGAAGAAGAUAUUUCAAAAUUGGAAACUCCAACAUUCACAACACUGGAACGUGGUUUACCUGAACCUCUUCACAAGAACAAAAAACUCAGAUGGGAUCAUAGAGUAAAUUUAAUUGGAGAAAAAGUGAUUAAUCCAAUGAUCCAUUGCUGUGGCAACUGUUCACUUCCAAUACUGAUGUAUGGACGAAUGAUUCCUUGCAAGCAUGUCUUCUGUUUAGAUUGCACAAGAAAUUCACAAGGAGUCUGUUACAGAUGUAAUGAGAGAGUUACAAGGGUAGAACAAAGCAAAUUGGGUACAGUAUUUUUAUGCACUUUUGGUGGUACAAGACAUGGCACUUCAGGUUGUGGAAGAACUUAUCUAAGUCAAAGAGAUCUACAGGCUCAUUUUAAUCAUCGUCAUUUAAUAAAACCUAAUCCGGCACCUACCGUUGAAACCAAUCAUGCACAAUUAACUCAUGCUGCACAAGCAGCAAAUAGUAUUCCAGCAUCUCAAGUUGUUCACAAGACAUCUCAUUUACCUGCCGGUCGUGAUCCUAGAGAUCCAAGAACUCAUAUGGUUGUCGACAACGUUCACGGACCAUCCCACACACCACCUCAAAAUCCACACAUGCAUGCUCAUCUACAGUCAGAGCAUCCAGAAACAUCAGACUCUUCACGUUCUGCAUCAGGAAGAGGUAGCCCUGCGGCAUCAUCUCGUUCUUCUCACAUAUACUCUCAUCCUACUACCACCAUACAUGCAGCAUAUCCAUCUACUAUUCCGGCAGUUAGCACUCGUCCAAAUCUCAUCACCGUGCCCAUUCAAGACGACAGUACUGCUUCAAAUCAGCAUGGACGUCUUCAGUCACAUUCAAAUCAGUAUCCUCCCAGUGCAGCCGGGCAGAGUCAUCAAAUUCCUCCAAUGCAACAUCCAAAUCCGCCAAAUCCUUAUCCUCCGCCACAUCAUUAUCAACAUCCCCAUCCUUCUCCUACAUCAUCAUAUUCUCCGGUACCACCAGUUACUUACGGUUCAUCUAUGACCAGCCAGUCUUUUAAUCAACCGCCACCACCACAUAUUCCACCCCCUCCAAUGCACAAUCCCAACCAAUCAAUAUAUUCUAAUCCACCACCACCAGUACAUCAUCCACAGCAGAGCAAUUAUUCUGCUCCUCCCAUUGGUUCGGUGUCACACGGCAUUCCACCACCACAACGAUUCCCUUCCUCCUCCUCGUACGACGACAGUUCAUAUUCCCAACCCUGGGGUUCCGGUCCACCUCCCUCUCAUAAUCCGCAUCAGUCGAGAUCAAUACCAGGACCACAAAACAGUCCAAAUAUGGCUCUCUUACAACACGGUCCUGGAGAAGCAAAUUUUAGGCCUCCAUACUAUUGACCGACGAAAAAAAUAUUACUUCCAAGUAUAUCGAUCAUAGUAAUUGUAUAUUGUCAUUUCUGUGUAACUAAAAUACAAAUAUGUGCGAUUGUAAUAAAAUGAAUGAGAAUAAUUUUUAUAAGAUUUAUUUAUCUAGUUACAGAAUAAAAAUACAUUUUUUUUUUUGUUUUAAAUAUAUAUAUAUACAUAAUUGCAUCAACAUUUUCUUUGUGAAAUAAAACAUGGAAAUGUAUGUAUAGUUUAUCUAAGUUUUUGAGUAUGUAUGAACAUAAAUUCAUUGUAAAAAUGAAAAAUAUUUUCUAAUUUUACAAUUCUUAAAUUGAUUCAUAAUGUAAAAUACUAACAUCUUUAUUCAAAAAAAUAAAUGAUGAUAAAGUAUGGUUUGGUAUAUUGAAAUAAUUAACAUAGACAGAACAAUAACAUUUCCAUAUUUUAAAUCUUCAGUUAGUUUAACAGAAGCACCUUAAACUAAUAUGUACAUUAAGUUUACAAUUAACUAUUCAUACAUUAUCACAAUAAGUUAUCACUAAUACAUUGAUAAAGUAAAAUACCAAUGCACUGGAUUAUAAAUUUAUGCAUUUGCUACUAACCAGCAACAAAAAACUAAAAUGCAUAUUCCUGAUCAUUAGAUAUUAUGCAAAUAGAUUUAAAGAUUGCUUUUUUUUUUUUUCCUGAAAAAAUUAAUUGUUGGUCCACAAAUUCAUGAGCGAUAAUCUCGAUGAGCAAAAUAAAUAGUGUACAAGUAUGUAUAUAAUAUAGUAAAUGCAUAUGGCACAUAAAAUGUCAACAAUAUAAAUUUUAGCACAAUGUGAAAACUAAUUUGACUCCGAUUUUUUUAAAAUUAUAGUUAGAAAUAGAGCAUGCAAUACGUCAUACAUGCAUUUCUUUUUUAUAUAUAUAUAUAUUUAUAUACAAGAUUUGACAAUGCACCAGUCCAAUUAA